CCGGCGGCCGAGUGCGAGGCUGAGAGCGAGCCAUUGCGAUCUGCGGCGGACGAGCGAGCGGGCGCGGCGGCGGGGCGAGCGGCGGGGCGCCUGCGCGAUGUCUGGGCCCCGGAGCCCCCGGCGCUGAGCCACCGGGACGGACAUGCGCGGGAGGGCGCCGCGGGGCAGCCGCCGCUCCGGGGGUGUAUUUACCUGGAUGUUCUAGUGAGCACUUGCUAGUGGGUGAUAGAAACCUUGAGCCAACAGUGUAGAACCUGGCAGAUAUAUUAGAUGGGAAACUCCUUAAGGGCAGGGAAUGAAAGCUACUGGUUGACUUAAAACCCUUGGGCUUCACAAAUUCGGAGACAUCCCUUGGCGAGGCACAAUGUCAGCAGCAGGAGUUGCCGCUCAGGAGAUGCGGGUCCCAUUAAAAACCGGAUUUCUGCAUAAUGGCCAGGCCCUGGGGAGCAUGAAGAGCUGCUGGGGCAGCCGCCCGGAGCUUGAAGAUAACUUUCUAAGUAUCGAUCCAAUCACCAUGGCCUACAGUCUGAACCCUCCUGCUCAGGAGCGCCUCGCCGCCAUGGGGCACGGCGCGCCCUCGGCUCCGGCGCCCAGGUCCGGCCUGCAGCCCUUCCUGCUGGCCCCGGGCGAGGGCCUGGGGCUGCGGGAGGAGGACGCGGUGGUGUGCGGCUUCCAGAAGCUCUCGGUGAGCGGGGUCUGCGCGCCCGCGCCUCCGCUCACGCCGCUCCGCGCCGGCCCGGGCCCCGCGUUCUCGGCCUGCGCCCCAGUGGGCGAGCGCGGCUCGCGGCCGCUGCCGCCGCUGCCGGUCCCGGAGGACCCCUGCGUGGACGCGGCCGACUGCGAGGUGGAGUUCCUCACCAGCUCCGACACGGACUUGCUGCUGGAGGGCGAGCGCGGCGCGCUCCUCCAGGCCGACCUCCCGGGCCGCCGCAGCUUCCGGGGCUGCGGCCAGAUCAACUACGCCUACCUGGACACCCCGGCCACCUCGGCCGCGGACCUGCGCGCCGCCGACCCGCUCGACCCCCUCAGCCCCUUCGGCGGGGCGCCCAGCCCCUUCGGCGGGGCGCCCAGCCCCGACCCCGCACCGCCGCCGCAGGCCCACCGCCGCCUGCGGAGGUCUCACUCCGGGCCGGCCGGGUCCUUCCACAAGCCGACCAUCCGCGUGUCCGGCUAUGCGCACCGCGCCUCGCCCAACUCGGACGACGACAAGCCCGAGGUGCCCCCGAGGGUGCCCAUCCCCCCGAGGCCCGCCAAGCCCGACUACCGGCGGUGGUCGGCGGAGGUGACCUGCAGCGCCUACAGCGACGAGGACCGGCCCCCCAAGGUCCCGCCCCGAGAGCCCCUGUCCCGCAGCAACUCCCGCACCCCGAGCCCCAAGAGCCUCCCGUCUUACCUCAACGGCGUCAUGCCCCCCACCCAGAGCUUCGCCCCGGACCCCAAGUACGUCAGCAGCAAAGCCCUGCAGAGACAGAACAGCGAGGGCGCCGCCCACAAGGCGCCCUGCAUCCUGCCCAUCAUCGAGAACGGGCGCAAGGUCAGCUCCACGCACUAUUACCUCCUGCCCGAGCGGCCGCCCUACCUGGACAGGUACGAGAAGUUCUUCAGGGAGGCGGAGGAGAGCAGGCCCGCCACCCCCGCCUGCGGCGAGAAGCCCGACGCCAGGGCCAAGGCCGAGCCCGGUGGCCACGGGAAGCGCAAACACUUGUCCUAUGUGGUGUCGCCCUAGCGCGGGUGGAGGGGCAGCGGUCACCCGGGCGUGGCUGAGGCCGCAGGAUGAAGUGGCGGAACUCCCACCAAGGAAGGCGAGGAGCGAUUGUGCGGUGCUGUUAGCCAGUCAUCCCGUCUUCCCUGAUGUUAGUGUUAGAGAAAUGUCUAUUCAAGUCUAUAAUUUAAAGAUGUGAUACUGGGGGGGGGGUAUAUGCCUACAUUACACACCUGUGCAUAAACGGGUAUAACCGUACACCAUAGCUGCAGGUUAACCCAUUAGCCACUGUCUUGGAGUAAUAUAUAUUCCCAAUAAUGAAAACUCAGCUGGGAGAACUCCGGAUAGGCUGAAAAUUGAGCAAAUGGAGGAAGAAAAACAGUAUUGUUUAGAUCAAAAUCCUAACAAAAUUACUUUUCACUUAGUACGUUUGAAGACUUCUGGCCUGUAGGCCCAUGGUAGUUUGUUUCCUUUGUUUUUGCCAGUGGUCUUCUGGAUCAGGGCAGGCCACGGGUUCCACGGCCGGUCCCCACCCGGACCCCUCGUGCCAUCCGUGGCCUAAGCCAGCUCGAGGGCUCUUCAUAUGGAGGGAAGGGUAACUUCUUGGGCAACUGCGUUACCGCCUGGCCAUGUCUCACAGGUUGACCGUGAGAGGGCGAGUCAUUUCUCCUUCCUUGGGCUCCUGCCUGCUCCCGCCAGCGCCUGGCCGCAGGGGUGGCCGGAGGCCGCGGGGGCCGCCCGGGCUCGCCGACCGCCAGGGUGGGGCGUCCCAGAGCAGUAGCCGUGUGCUUGAGAGAUGCCGAGUGGGGGUGUGUGUUGUGUUUGUUGUUGUUUUUUAGACUGUUAAUAAACAAGUACGACACAAGCUGGACUUGUGUUGCUGGUUCCGAUUCAGUAUUUCCUGGAGAUGGUUUGCUUUUUAAGUAAAACACUUCUGACCAAUAGCACAGCACGUCUUAAUGCCAGAGGCCACUUCAGCAUCUUCCCGCUUUGAAACCUCCAGCCACUGCCUCCACCUCUCCACCGAGCAGCCGCUCGCCCGCCCCGCCUCCGUCCCGCCGCCACCCCACCCCCAGGGAGGCGAGCGCAGCCGCGGAAGGUGCUUGCUCCCAGACGUGGGGCUGGGCCGCCGUGCUCCCCCCGCUGUUUACAGUUGAAACUGCUGAAUGAGGUUAUUUGAGCUAUUUAAAGCUUACUAUAUUUUAGUAUGAACUAAAUGAAGGUUUAAACAUGCUUUAGAAAAAUGCACUGAUUUCUGCAUUAUGUGUACAGUAUUGGACAAAGGAUUUUAUUCAUUUUGUUGCAUUAUUUUGAAUGCUGUCUUUUCAUUUUAAUAAAGUUAUAAUACUUAUUUAUGA